CAAGAAGCUCAUAUUGAAGAGGAGAAGUAGCAAAAACACAAAAUCAUCUACCAUUAAGCUUUCCACCGGAGUUUCUUCCAAUAUGACCAACAGUCGCAACGCCUCAGUUAAAAGCGCUGUCACAAUUCAAAUCCCACCAAAUUUACACGGGGUGGGGGUUGGGGGAUCCACUGCCGGAAGGCUUGAUAACAGAGCUACGACACUCCAGGCAGGCUCGUCUCUCACAGCUGCAGACAAAGCCACCUCAUGGAUACCUGACAAAACCAUGGUGUGGUUUGCAAAUGUCAAUAGUACAGUCCCUGCUGGAUCCACAGUGCAGCUCACUGCUGAUCGCGGAUUAGUCCUCAGUGAUUCUCAAGCCAAAGUCUUAUGGUGGUCCGCCUCGUUUUCUGGUACAGCUUCUAAUGCUGUUCUGAAUGAUACUGGAAAUUUUGUAAUUCUUGGGAGUGAUUCAACAAAGGUAUGGGAUAGUUUCAGCAAUCCAAGUGAUACCCUUUUGCCCACACAGACUUUGGACAAUGGUGGUGUGCUUUAUUCAAAACGUAGUGAGUCGAACCUUUCCCCAGGAAGGUUUCAGCUUCGAUUGCUUCAAGAUGGAAAUCUUGUCCUUAAUUCAAGAGAUAUACCUUCAAAUUAUGCGUAUGAUGCCUACUAUAUCAGUGGGACUUAUGAUCCUUCCGACGCCAGCAAUUCCGGAGUCCAGGUGAGGUUUAAUCAGACAGGGAACAUGUAUAUUGUGAGGAGAAAUGGUGGAAUAUUUAAUCUCAAUACGGAAGCAGCUCAGAGUUCAGGGUCCUAUUAUAGAGCUACUCUAGAAUUUGAUGGAGUUUUUGUUCUAUAUUCUCACCCUAAAGUAUUUACUGGUAACCCACAAUGGACUGCUGUCUGGUCUCUGCCCGAAAAUAUUUGUAUCGACCUUCAAGGAAUUCAAGAUAGCGGGGCUUGUGGAUUCAACAGUGUUUGCAGACUUGACGAUUCUGGAAGGCCAACCUGUGAAUGCCCGAAGAGUUAUUCAUUAAUUGAUCCUACUGACAAGUAUGGUAGCUGCAAGCCAAGUUUCAUUCAGAGCUGUGCUGAUGAGCCAAGUUCGAAAGAAGAAUUAUAUGAUUUUUGGGAGCUUACUGAUACUGACUGGCCAACAUCCGACUAUGAGCAGCUAGCAACUGCCACUGCAAUAGAAUGCAAGAGAUAUUGCCUAAAUGACUGUCUUUGUGCAGUUGCAAUUUACAGAGGUGGUGGCUGUUGGAAAAAGAAGCUACCCCUGUCAAAUGGGAGGAAUAAUGGAUCCGUGGCACUAGUCGAAGGAGUGGCUUUUAUAAAAUAUAGGAAAGGUGAUCUUCCUCAAACUAUUCCGAAUAAUUGCAAAAAGGAUCAAGGUACCUUAAUCACUGCUGGAUCAGUUCUACUAGGCAGUUCAGUGGUUAUAAAUAUUAUAUUAGUCGCUGCUGCUUGCUUCGGGUACUUGUGCAUGUACAGUAGGAAGGCCAAAGGGUUUCAACCAGGUAAUAGUAGUAUCACAGGCAAUAUGCGUAUUUUCACAUAUAAAGAGCUAGAAGAAGCCACAAAAGGAUUCAAGGACGAACUGGGAAGGGGUGCUUUUGCAAUAGUUUAUAAAGGAGAAUUUCAGUCAUCGUCUUCUUCAAAUAUAUCAAUUGCAGUAAAAAAAUUAGAUAGGGCGGUUCAAGAAGUUGACAGGGAAUUUCAGACUGAAGUUCAUGUGAUUGCUCAAACUCAUCAAAAGAAUUUGGUGCGGUUGCUUGGAUAUUGUGAUGAUGUAGAAAAUCGUCUACUCGUUUAUGAAUAUAUGGUUAAUGGAACUUUAGCAAGUUUCAUCUUUGGAGAUGUGAAGCCUAGUUGGACAAAAAGGAAAAAUAUAGCCCUGGGGAUUGCAAGAGGUCUGGCAUAUCUCCAUGAAGAAUGCAGCAAACAGAUAAUACACUGUGACAUAAAGCCUCAGAAUAUUCUUCUGGACGAAUCUUACAAUGCUAGAAUUUCUGAUUUUGGGUUGGCCAAACUGUUGAUGAUCAAUCAGAGUAGAACAAACACUGGAAUUAGGGGAACAAAAGGGUAUGUGGCACCUGAAUGGUUCAGAAACACUCCUGUCACCGUAAAGGUUGAUGUAUAUAGUUUCGGUGUUUUACUGCUAGAGAUCAUUUGUUGUCGGAGAAGCAUUGAGGCUUCAGAAGAUGUAGAAGCUGCCAUAUUAACAGAUUGGGUUUGGGAUUGUUUCGAGGAAGGAGAUUUGUUAAAAAUCCUGGAAAAUAAGAAGGGCAUGCUAGAUGACUGGGAGAAAGUAGAGACAUGUGUGAUGGUUGGGAUUUGGUGUAUUCAAGAGGAUCCAUCUCUAAGGCCAAGCAUGAAGAAGGUUUUAUUGAUGCUCGAAGGAGUAGUUGAUGUUGCUAAGCCCCCAUGCCCAUCUCCAUUUUCUGUAAUUAGAAGCUGAUCUGGCUCGUCUCUCACAGCUGGAGACAACGCAAACUCAUGGCAUUCGCCUUCUGGUGAAUUUGCACUCGGGUUUAAGAAAGUUGGAGAAAAUGAUCAGUUUUUGCUGUCCAUUUGGUAUGACAAAAUUCCUGACAAGACCAUGG